AUGGAUUUGCUAAACGGGCAUGCUUCUCGUCCUCGAGUUCUGUGCCCCGAGAAGUUGUCCCCUGACGGGUUAUCACUCCUCCGCCAGACCGUCGACGUGGACGAAAAGCAGGGUCUGACGCCUGACCAGCUUAUCGACAUCAUUCCUGAAUACGAUGCCCUGUUGGUGCGGUCCGAGACAAAAGUCACCAGCGCCCUGUUGGAUGCGGCACGGAAGCUCAAAGUCGUGGCUCGGGCUGGCGUAGGUGUUGACAAUGUCGAUGUUGCCGCUGCCACGAAACUGGGCAUUCUUGUCGUCAACUCUCCCAGUGGAAACAUUCAAGCUGCCGCUGAGCACACAAUCGCCUUGCUUAUGAGCAUGGCGCGAAAUGUGCCGGAUGCCUGUGCCAGUGUGAAAUCCGGGAAAUGGGAAAGAAGUCGCCUGGUUGGCGUCGAGGUCAAAGGCAAAACCCUGGGCAUUGUCGGCCUGGGGAAAGUUGGCUUGAUCGUCGCCCGCAUGACCCGUGGCCUCGGCAUGAACGUGGUUGCUGCUGAUCCAUAUGCGUCGCAAGCCGUUGCUGCCGCCGCUAACGUCACUCUUGUUGACUCACUUUCUGAAUUGCUGCCUCGCGCGGACUUUCUCACCAUUCACACUCCGAUGCUCGCGUCGACCCGCGGCAUGCUAUCUACCGCUGAGAUCAACCAGAUGAAGCGUGGGGCUCGAAUCCUCAACGUCGCCCGGGGCGGGAUCGUCGACGAAGAAGCUCUUCUAUCGGCACUCGAUUCCGGACAAAUUGCCGGGGCUGCCAUCGACGUAUUCACGAGCGAGCCUCCCACAAAAGAUCCGAACUCGCCUGCCGCAAAGCUCGUGCAACAUCCCAAAUGUAUAGCGACUCCUCAUCUAGGAGCGUCCACGGUUGAAGCACAGGAAAACGUGUCCAUGGACGUAUGCGAACAAGUUCUUCAGAUCCUGGCAGGCGAUCUCCCACGCAGCGCUGUCAAUGCUCCCAUCAUCCUGCCUGCGGAAUAUAAGACCUUGCAACCGUUUGUGCGGUUGGUGGAGAAGAUGGGGUCGUUGUACACGCAACACUUCACCUCGCCGAAACAGCCCGUGCAGCGCAAUAUGAACACUUUUGAUCUCAUCUACGAGGGCGAGAUUGCACAGAUGUCGAGCACCAAGCCUCUUUUUGCAGCCUUGAUCAAGGGACUUACAUCGCCCAUCUCUGACGCAGAGGGCUUCAACGUCAACAUUGUCAAUGCCGAGAUGGUGGCCAAGGAAAGAGGCAUAUUUGUGACUGAGCAAAAGUCCCGCGAUCCAAGCACCCAAGCCUACAGUAGCUUGGUCACCCUCGUGGCUCGGGCACCUAGUCGUGCUCCCUCGUUAAACCGGCAUGGCUCCGAGGUGAUGGUGAGCACUACCGGGCAACAGCGGGAGGGCAGCAUGCAGCACAUUAUUUCUGGAUACUGCAGCGACAACUCACCUUUCAUCUCACGACUGGGUCGUUUCUCGACAUCGUUUGUGCCCGAGGGCAAGCUGCUGAUUUGUCACAACUACGACUCGCCGGGAAAGAUUGGCGUCGUCGGCAGUAUCUUGGGUCGGGAGGGUGUCAACAUCAACUUUAUGAGUGUUGCGCCGGCGACUUUCUCCGCGGCUGCUCCGUCUUCUCUCGGUAGCGUUGGUAAGGAAGACGGCACGGGUGGUGUCGGUGGACCAGAAACAACAACUGAAGCCCUGAUGAUCCUGGGCGUGGACAAGGAAGUCAAUGACAAUGUCAAGGCGGAGCUGGUCGGCGCCAAAGGAGUUUUGAGUGUAAGCAGCGUUACACUUUAG